UAAAGCUACCGACGUAAGGAUAUGGAGGAUUAGGCAAGAAAGCAAAGGCGGGAUGCAAUUAUCCCACAAUCUUGUUGAAGAUUGGCGCCAGGAGGAUGUGCAGCAUCAGAUUCCCAUCAAGCAUGCCCUAAUUUUGCUACUCCUAUCUCUAGAUUUUCUUUGUGUAUCAAAUCUGUGAACGCUAUGGAAGGAGCGUUGUGGAGUCUUGACCGUGGGGGCGCAGCUGUUGUUGGGUCAGCUGUAGAUGUGGGGUUUAGUAAUCUCACGUUGCAGGGAUGGAAGAAGGGUUCUGCUUGCACGAGGGACAUGCGAGCUUUCGUAGCGCAAGGCCGGAGAGGAGUGGUAGAACAGGGUCAGAAGAGGUCGAGGAUUGCACGUGCAGAAGCUAGCGGCUAUGAUAAGAUGGGGCACCUUGGAUCUGGGGGCGUUGGGUUUAAGGAUGCGUAUCGAAGGAGGGAUUCUUCAGAUGGUUGUAAGAGCGACGAGCGAGAGGAGGGUCGCAUGAGGCAAUUCCAUUGCUCAAGGAAUGGUGAAUUGGGCAGGAAAGGUCGCUCUGAGAUAUUCAGAGAGAGUAGUGAUAGCAGCAAGAAUGCCGUAGAGCUGGCAGGUCAUGUGGAUACAAUAACCAGCGUCGGGAAUCCGUUUGUGAAGCAUUUGGUAAAGCUUCGUGAGAAAGCAAGCUACCGGAACUCGGCUGGAUGUGUUGUAGUUGUGGGCUCGGUGCCCCUAAGGGAGAUAUGUGAACUGCUCACUAGAGGGAGCCCGACUUCAUUAAAACCGAUCAAAAUUUUGCUGAUUUUGGAGGACACGAAUCCUCGGUCAGAUUUAAGUUCGUGGGCUGAACGGAUUGUACAUGUUAGUGAACCGGUGCUAAGAAAAGUGGCUGGUGUAGAUUCUACACAAGGUCUUCAAGGUGUUGGUGUGCUGGCCCUUCCUGCCUCCUUUUGUAAUUUGGAGGGUACUGGGGACACAGCCAUGAAUUGGCUUUCUUCUCCUCGGCGUGUAUUGGUGCUCGAUGGCAUUCAGGAUCCAGGCAACUUGGGCACGUUACUGCGAACUGCUGCAGCCUUUGCUUGGGAUGGAGUUUUUAUGCUACCAGGCGGCUGUGAUCCCUUCAAUGAGAAAGCACUUAGAGCUUCAAGGGGUGCAUCCUUCAGGUUACCCAUUGCGACUGGCCGUUGGUCUGAGCUGCAGUCUUUCGCCAGCAUGCACAAGAUGAAGCUAUACGCAGCGGAUCCCGACCAAAAGGGAACCUGGCCAUCUUUUGAUCAUAAAUCUGAACAUGAGAAUUAUAUCUCGAACGACGGUGAUGCCAUUACAGUUGCUUCAGCCAGUUCGACAUUCCGUCAUUCGUGUAAACGUUGGAGCUGGGACCAUUCAAAGCUCUGCACUCUGUUGUCGUUAAGCUCCCUGCUACUGAAAAUGCUGAAGUUUUGCAAGGCAGCGACACCCUUGGUGCUGAAACGGUUUUCAACCACUCCAGAAUCACUCCAGAAAUCAAAAGGUGCAUACUGUAUUGUAAACUUUGUUGUAGAGUUGUACGCAAUGUUGUGGUUCAGGCGUUAUACAUUCGUUAUAGUGUGAUCAUUUUUAAGAAUAUUUAUGUGUGGACCUAGAUCGAGUCUGAAAACUAACUAGUCCUCGCAGAACAUGUGUCUGAUAAAAUAUUUGUGUGUGCACACUAUAGUUUUUGUACUGAUUGUGUGCAUAUCUUGUUACGUGUGCUGAUGGAAGUAACAAUUACAGUUGGCGAGGUUGUCUUUUCUCAGUCAUAGAGAACAAGAAUGGCCAUUGGUGAGCAAUGCCUGGUGUCAUGAAGGCCAUGCCAGGAGAUUCAUCUAUGUAAGAAUGUAGAUAUCCCCAUGGGGAAUCAUUGGGGCUGGAGUUAAAGAUCAUUGCGCUUCUCCUGAACUUGAAGCCAAUGAACAGCCAUGAAUCAUUUAUUUCUGUUUGGGUUAUCACCUGGUCACAAUCUUCUCUGCAUCUGAGAGCCUGCUGCACUGAACUUGAAACCUGUUGAAGUUAUCUGGCCCAAGAGCGUAUCAAUCAAGGAUAUAUGGUUUUAGGGUAGCUCAUUCUCAGCAUUGUAUGUUUUCUUUCUCAUACACCUCCUUUUCAUUCCACUCUCUUUGUGUGUAUAUGCAGAGUGUGAGAAUAUCACAUGACGAUAUUGAAUCUGCGUGCUAGAGGAUAAUACUCUGUUUCUUGAAGCAUAAUGUCACCCCAGGAAGACUUAUAUUGUCUCACCUAAAAAGACAGACGUGGCGAUGUUUAGUGCCGAAUCAGUGCAAUAUUACUUGGACCAGGUCGUUGCCACACAGCAUCUGCCUGAUGAAAAGUCCAUCCAAGCACAGUCAGACGUUCUACCCAGUGGCAUAUUCGCAGGAGAAGAAUUUCAAAUGGCAAUCGCGUUCUUCAGCAUGAGAAGUCACCAUCUGUUCAGCACAGUGAAAUAGUUCACAGCAUGUCCUGAAAUAUUUUAUUGCUGGAUUUACGUCACACGCAUGGCACUCCUGCACUGAUGACUCGGAAAGAUCACUUGACCUGUAUCUGUCGCAUGCCGCCCAUGUCGAGCUUCCGCAUAACAAUUGGAUUGCAUGCAGCGAGUGCUGGGGUUGCUGAUCUGCUUUAAA